AUGAAACUUUGGGGAAGUGAUGAUUGUAUUAAGAAGUCAGAAAUAAAUGCAAAGAACCGUCGUAGCGGCCAUGAAACUGCGGCAGGGACUCACACAGUCGGCUCUAUCUCAAUGGGAGAAUAUCGCAAAAGACAUGCUGUUGAAAAGGGUCGAGAUCCAACACCAAGAGAGUUACAUUUACACGUCCAUACGCAUGGUCAUGAUGGAAAGUAUUUUGUUGAUGAGUGUUCUCGCAUUGUUCAUGAAAAAUAUGAAGAAAUAUUGCGGGAAAAAAUAUUGUCUCAAACUGAUAUUGAUCAAUGUGAAACAUAUUAUCAAGCUGUGGGGGGAGAAAAGAAGAGAAGAAUAUACGGUCUUUGUUCUGAAGCAAAAAGUUACUACGGACAGAAAAUUUGUGCCUCAUCAUCAGUACUUCCUUCAAUUUCUCAAUCAACACCGAUAACAAAUAUGGAUGAGUUUGUAAAGCAAAUGCUUCCUGCACUUACUAAUCACUUUCUUCCUGUUAUUAUUGAGAGGAUUGACAACCCAUCAACUGUGACACCCUUAGUGCCUCCUUCAGCUACUUCUAAUGAGGAUGAGGUUGAUCCUUAG